AUGUCACCUGAACCAUUGCUAAUGACUGGUGAUUUCAACAUUCAUAUUAUCGUUCAUAGUGAUAUUAAACGUACACGCCUCUUAGGUUAGGUGGAAUCCAUUGGUUUGCAACAACAUUUUGAUAAACUGACCCAGGUGUCCUGCCAUAUCCUGGAUCUAGAGUUACAAGGGAUGUAAAUGAGCUAAUAUCAACCACUCCUACUGUAGAUUACCACUUCUCUGGUCACUUUACCUUGAUCUGUGAUUUGAGAAACCAUCGUUUGUUGUCAAGGAGAUAGCCUUCUGGAAAAUCAGGAGUACUGACGCAGAGUCAUUCUCGCAUAAUGUGCUCGGCCCUUAGUCGAGACAGUACUGAUUGUCUUAAAGAUUUGGGUACUUUGUACAACAGAACAUUAUCCAAGAUACUAGAUCCUCAUGCAUUACUGGUAACAAAGACGUUCAUAGAAAGACCUCUUGUACCAUGGUAGAAUGAUGGAGGUCAGGUCAGGGGUAAUCCUGCUACUAGCUGGUGAAAAGAGGGUAGCAUGCCACCCUCCAGGACUUAAAAUAAGACCUAAUACAUGACGGAUGAGCUCGUUCACGUACCAACGGCCAACAUGCAAGGGACAUGACACCAUACAGAAACUAAGGUUUAAAUUGUACCCUACCCUCCAAAUCACCCUCACCAUCCAAGUAUCGCCGCAGACAGGGGGCAAAGCGGGAACAGUCUGGAGCUACUCAUUCCGAAUAAUAAUAACUCAGACAAGGGAAGUGGUAAUCAUCAUUAGUCUGACUACAUCAAGCAGCAACAGUAACGAAGAGGUCUGCUGCGGCUGAUAUAGACCAAAUCUCCCUUAGCAAGCCAAUUAUCAUAUCAACCUAUAAUGUCAGGUCCUUCUACCAACUGGGCAAGUUAAAUCAGUUGUGCUGCGGUAGAGGCAGGCGGUAGAAUCAGGUCUUGAAAUCACUGUCGUAGAAAAGCAUCGCCUUAUCUCAUUCAAUCCGAUAACAGAACUGUGGUCUGAUGACAAGAAGUGGCUGUUCAUCCAAAAUUUCAUUUCCAAAUGCCGAAAGGGUUGCGGCCUCCUUGUUAAAAGACAAUUGGUCAAAAGCAUCUCCGGUUCAAAACACCUUUCGGACCGCAGCAUCUCUGUAUUUCUUAACGGCAACCCGAGACUCGUGGUUACAAUAGUCUAAGCUCCAAAAGAGUCGGUUAACACCGACGAUGAUUAUCAAUUCUACAACCUGCUCAACACCCAUACAUCCGACAAAGUCAACUGUCACGAUAUUGAUCUUGUUAUUAGAGAUUCUAAACGCUGACUAGGCCAAGGCAAUCACGAAAAAGCUCCGAGAGUUGUGGGUUCUCACAACAAGCAUUAACGGCGAAAGACGUCUUAAUUUCUGCUUUGCAACUAAUGCAUCAGUCAAUUCCACCUGCGCCCAGGCCCCCCCCGGGCUGACCCCCGGGCAUUAGCAUUUUUUUUGCCCUGGAUGGCAAAUUCCCGGGGGUGGGGACUCUUGAGCUGUCAAAUUCCCCGGGGUGGGGACGAAAAAAGAGGGCAAAUGCCCCGUCCUCCGUCAACACUGCAACAUUUUUCAUUGAUCGCACAGUCAAAUAGGGCCGUUUUAAGCAUUUUAAUGUGCGAUUUUUUUGGUUUAAUUAACGUCUUCGUUUGUAAUAGCGCGAGGAUUCUAAUUAAGACUUCACGCCGCGACGACAUGCACCAGUUUUAAUAUGGUUUUAGUAUAGGUAUAAAAUUAUUGACAUUAAAAUUAAUAGAGCGCUGUAAAGUUAUAUGUUAUGAAUAGUUUUAUAAAUAUGAGAGGAUGUUCUUCAAAAUAAUAAUAUCAACAGAAAUUUGAUUCAAUAACCAAAAAACGUUGAUUCGCAUCGAUAGCUCCAAUUUCGCUACGUAAUUCUGGCUUGAUAAGCAAUGAAGAAAUGCAUACAUACAUUUAAAAUCGAGAACAUGCCUUUACAACCCUCUACAAUUUAUUUCUGUCCUUGACAAAUGAGCCAAUCUGCUUUUCUUCCAGUAAAACCUUAUAUUCUGAUAGGAAAGCACGUGCGUGUCAAAAGCUCGGGAUUGGCCCGGGGGUUGGCAAAUGCCCGGCCCCCGGGCAGUGCAUCAUUUGCAGAUGCCCCACCCCCGGGACUGACAAGGCGGGCAAAUGCCCCGCAGUUGCCCGGGGGGGGGCUGGGCGCAGGUGGAAUUGACUGAUGCAUAACCUUUGACUUGAUCAACCCAGGGACUAACUCUGUCAGGAAUUAUAAAACGUACAAUAGUGUAGAGCUCAACUUCGACCACCGCAUCCUAACUGUGACUUUUAAAGUGAGUCUUAGAACUACAAAAGGUAAACCUGUAAGUCGCAAAUAAUACAAUUGGAAGAGACUCGCAAAUCCUGUGCUGACAUCGGCAUUUCUGUUAACGCUGUGGCUAUACGGCCGGUAACCGGUCAAGGUUUCCAAAACACUAAAUGGCCGGCAGUCCUAUAUUCUCAGUAAAUUUCACAAAAUCGAAAGAUUCUAGCUAAUCUAAACUAUCAUAUGUCGAUUUAGAAAAGUCAAGCGAUCCUGAAAUGCUUUACAGAUCUCAAGUCUAGUGUUUGGUUUACGCUGGGCUCAGAGGACGAAACCAUGUUUUGUGACAGAACUUUUAUCAGCUCGACUGCCGGUCAAGGUUUUCAAAACACUUAAUGGCAGGCAGUCCUAUAUUCUCAGUAAAUUUCACAAAAUCGUCGACAAGAUAAUGUUGAAGUGUAUUUCAGCUCCAGAAGCAGCAGACUCAACUAACACGUGGAGUUUUUCCGCAAAAGCCGUAUGAAAGGUCAAGAUGGUAUAACGUCAAACGUCGCCUGUCACGCCAUGCUUUGGACAGAAAACAGUAACGAACAUACCAACAAAAACAUGAUAUAGAAAUCCCACAAAACUGGCUGGUUUGAUCAGGAUCACGACAUUUGAUAGUUUAGAUUCGCUGGAAUUUUCGGAUUUUGUGAAAUUUACUGAGAAUAUAGGACUGCCGGCCAUUUAGUGUUUUGAAGACCUUGACCGGCAGUCGAGCUGAAAAGUGUCACAAAACACGGUUCAGCGUAAACCAAACACUAGACUUGACAUCUGUAAAGCAUUUCAGGAUCGCUUGACUUUUCUAAAUCGACAUAUGAUAGUUUAGAUUAGCUGGAAUCUUUUGAUUUUGUGAAAUUUACUGACAAUAUAGGACUGCCGGCCAUUUAGUGUUUAGAAAACCUUGACCGGCAGUCGGGCUGAAAAAAGUUCAGUGUCACAAAACAUGGUUUCCUCCUCUGAGCCCAGUGUCAACCAAACACUAGACUUGAGAUCUGUAAAGCAUUUCAGGAUCGCUUGACUUUUCUAAAUCGACAUACGAUAGUUAAAAUUAGCUGGAAUCUUUCGAUUUUGUUAGAUUUACUGAGAAUAUAGGACUGCCGGCCAUUUAGUGUUUUGAAAACCUUGACCGGUUACCGGCCAUAUAGCCACAGCGUUCUGCUAAAGCUAUCGAACAGCUUUUCCUCCACCCCAAAUGAUGAGCUAAUCACCAUCAGGUCCAGUCAGCUUUAAAGUAUAACAAGAAACACUGCAGAAGAGGUAGUUGGCAAGUGGGUUUCAAAUGGCUUACUAAAAGAAACAAGACUUGCGGAAAGUUCGAAAUGACACCAAAAGCAACCACCUGCUCCUUAACACAGCCGCCUCCAGGAAGAGAUUGAAGGAUCUGAACGGGUCGAAAAGAGGGACAAGAGUGACCCAAUUAGUCACCAAGAACUUCUCGACGAAUGGAAGAAGUACCGUAGCACUCUUCUGAACAACACCACCGCUAUUGAUACUGCUAGACCACCGCCAGAUGAAUCGGUUCUGCCAAUCAACACAGCCUAA